AUGGAGGAGGCGCUGCUCUCCACCCCCAUCAACCCCAACAACUUCCCCGCCAAGCUGUGGCGGCUGGUGAACAGCCCCCGGUACCGCUCGAUCCGCUGGGACGGCCGCGGCGAGGGGCUGCUCAUCGACCAGCCUCUCUUCGAGGCCGAGCUGCUGAGCCCGCCGGGCGCGGGGGCCGGGGCGGGGGGCGGCGGCGUCGGGGGCGCCGGGGCAGAGCCCGAGCUCUUCAAAACCACCAACUUCACCAGCUUCAUCCGCCAGCUCAACCUCUACGGCUUCCGCAAGGUGGUGCUGGGCGGGCCGGGCGCGGCGGGGCCCGGGCCUGGGCCGGGGGGCGGCGGGCCGGCGGGCGACGGGCCGCUCCACCACUUCCACAGCCCGCACUUCCGCCGCGACCAGCCGCAGCUGCUCGUGCACCUCAAGAGGCUCACCAGCGCCAACAAGGCCAAGCUGGCGGCCGGCCUGGAGGUGCCCUGCCGCCCGCCCAACCGCUUCCAGAGGCUCCUCAUCACGUCGGCCUCCGCCUCGGCCUCCACCUCGGCCUCCACCUCCCCGCUGCAGCACCAGGAGCCGCCGCCGCCCGCGGGGCCCCGGCCCGAGCCGCACGGACCAGUGGCUGUAGGACAAUUCCACCGGUCAUUCCGGCGAGAUAGUUUGUCUCCUUACUCCUACGUAUCAACUUCAUCUCACAACCACAGUACUUUCCCUCUGAAAGGUUUAGAUCGGACCCCGAUUCCUCCUAGAACAUGGCAGAACUCCCUUGGAAUGCACCCAGGACAAGUGGAAACAUCUCCCACUUUUUCAGAUAAAGGGGUUCCAUUUCCUGUACUGCAGAGGUUUCCAACUGAGGUUACCUAUACCUUGCAGCCCAGCGCCACAUCCGUACAUGUUCAGCAAGGUCCUCAAACAAUGGUCAGCUCCUCCCAAAAAUAUAGUAACUACACAUCCUCAGCGCAGUACUCCCAAGCCUACUAUCCAACAGCUGUGCUACAGUGCUGCUCUCCUUCUACCCACAUGGACGCUCUCAGUAGUUGUGUCACUCCCACUGCCUCCUCCUAUGCACACUGCAAUUACUUCCAGAAUCCUGCAAUGCAAUCCUCCUAUCCAGUUGAAUUUCUGCCUUCUAAUUGGCCUUGCAGUGCUACUGAUGAAAAUAAAAAGACAGAAGUAAACCUAGAGGCUGUUUUUCAAAUAGUAGAUGAAUUGCAUUCCUCUCCUAAAUUGGAGAUGGUAAAGGUGGAGCCUGUUGAGAAUCAGUGCCCAACAUCUCAGUCUAACAGAGGCCAACAUAUUCUAGCUAAUUCAAACAACAGCAAUCCAUCUUCCACAAGUCAGGGUAGCCAGCUGGAGCCACUUACUCCUGUAGGCUCAGAUAUUACGUCUUUUGUGGUUGGAACAGAACAAGCAAUUACCUGCUCUCUACCACAGUCACCUGAGUACAUCUAUACCAUCCACACAGCUCAGCCUCUUGAAAAUACUACAAUGCAGGAAUCUGCAGCUAUCCAACAAGCUCAUGUCAAACUGAAGGAGCAGCUAAGUCAUAAUCCAUCUCCAACUUCAGUAGUAUUUGUGCAGGAAGGGCUACCGUUCAGCACACACCAGGUGGAUGCCAGUAUAAAAUGCCAGACCAAUCCAGCUGAGAAUAUCUUGCCUUCAGAACAGAUGGGAUUCCUAAUUUCAGAAAUGGGGCCUGCUAGCAAGCCUAGUAAAGACACAGGUUUACCCACUCCAGCCAGAUACAGAGAGCUAAGAAGCAACUCACAGCAAGGAAAGUCCCCUGAUCUUCAUCUGCUGGUGGACGUGGCCUGCAAGCAGGAGCACUUUCCAAAGGAGGAAGAAUUAAAAGAGUGA